AUGAAGAAUGAAAAAUUGUUGACUGCACGUGUCGUGGGAAAAGCAUCAUCACAUCCGUCUUGUAACAAGGAAACAAAACAUAAAAGUGUUCUUUGCAUACUUAAAGUUUGUGGUGAAGAAAAGCUAAGAAACAGUUAUCGAAUCUGCAAACAAAAAAAAAUAAUUACCAAAACAUACGAUUUUAAUGAAACUCAAUUGGACAUGCUUUAUUGGCCAGUGAUUGCAUUUCCCUUGACUUCUGGCGCGAAACAUGAUGUAUGA